GGGGCAAUCGUGAUUUUUGGGCGGUAUUGCGAGGGGUGGUUGUCGUUUUGGUGCGCUGGUUGUAAUGGGAAGGUGAUUAGACGGGUGUUUCGGACGUCUUUUAUGCAAUCAGAAGAGUGAUGAUUCCAAAGAUUGAUUACACAAACAAGAUAUUAUGUUGCAGGAAGAAAAUAAGAUGCGAUUUGGAUUCAAUUGCGAUAAUGUAUAUAAAGUUGGUUACACUGCCACCUGCGUCAGACGGAUUCCAAACCAUUGGAUCCCGUUGUCGCCACGCCUGCGCUGGAGCUCUCGGGGGGGUCUUAGGGGCUGCUCACCUUAGAAGAAAAAAGUGUCAGAGUCACCACUUGGCCAGGGACCAGAGUCGGUGGCUCGGGGCGGAAAACGUGGAGUGCAUGACAAAUCGGGGGCGGCCGGCUCGGAGAUCCUUUUCCAACGUGGACCCGCUUCUCUCUCUGCCGGGUCACGGGUUUUUGGUACGAAGUCAGGUACCCUUAGCUGUCUUAGGUAAGCUUCCAAAUCCGAGAAGCUUCGGUGUCCGGGGGAGCUGCAGCCCUGCAGAUGGGAACUGCCCUGGCACCUGUGAAGCUGUGUGCCCCGCCUUGGAGAUCCACCUUCAAGACAAUUUCAAUUCCAGAAGGUUGACACUGGCCGCUUCCGCCUUUCCGCGUGUGUUGGUGCUUGGCUUGGCCGGGCUUGGGCAAUCCUUCUCGCCGGACGUAGGGAUCGUUACAUGAUUUCCGGCUUCGUUGGAGACUUUGGAGUAAGUGGGAGGAGCUUUCUCGGUCUUCUUUGACCCCGCGUUAUGAGCUGUUGCUGCGGGGUCUUGCUUGGGGUUAAUCGUCUCGUUCUUAUUCUUAAGGGAGGGGGGAAGACACUAUGCAUUGAGCUUCAAUUGUAUCGUUUUCCAUUGUAUCUGAACCAUAGUCUCAUCGGAUCUUAAUCAGAAUUAUUCCAGCAUAUUUUCAACCUCAGUAGACAUGAGUGGACUCGCAGGAGCAACCAGAGCCGCGGCUCAAGCUAGGUCCGUCAUCUUCU